ACAGUCCUCAGUCUACAAUAAUUCUGUCCAUGGACAGCCAGCUAUAGCAUGUUUGUUCUCUCUAUCAUCAAAGAUACCAUCGCCAUCCUACCAGCAAACUUUGGUGUGCUGCCCGAGCAAGCCCUUAUAUCUGAAAUAAACAAAAAGUAUGCAAAUCGCGUGUUGCACGACGUAGGGAUGUGUAUCUGCGUGUUCGAUCUUACAGAGGCCUCGGAAGGAAAAGUGAGAUAUGGAGAUGGCUGUCUAUGGUACAAGGUGAUAUUUCGCAUGGUGGUGUUCCGCCCUUUCGCUUCAGAAGUUAUACUAGCGAAAGUAAAAUCUUCUGAUGAAGACGGGAUAAGAUUGAGUGUAGGAUUUUUCGAUGACAUGUAUAUUCCCUUGUCCUAUCUACCGCAACCAUCUGCUCUUGAUUCGAACGAACGCGCACACUUCUGGCUCCCUGAUUCUGAGGCCACAACUCCUCACGAACUUCUCGAAUCUAUCACUACCGACCGAAUGUACAUUGAUCAGGGUGAAAUCGUGCGUGUACGGGUCGAGGCGGACGAAUUUUACGACGACGAGCCUGGUCCACCAAAAGCUUCUGAAGGUGUAGCCGUGAAAAGAGAAGUACGCAGAGCACCAUACAGUGUUAUUUGCUCGAUCGCAGAGCAGGGCUUGGGACCGAUUCCGUGGUGGAAAGCAGCACAGGUGGAUGAAGAAUUGAUGGAAGAAGGAUGACACGGCGGGCGGGAUAAUCUAAUCUCAGUCUCAAAGUAUUAUUGCUAUUGUUGUCUGUAUCAGGAAUUGAUAGAUGCGUAUGGAUUUAUGGCUUUCUUGAGACACAAAAGCCCAAGGGUAGCGAACGUAUCACUCAUCGCAGUAAAUUAAAUAACGCUUGGAUGAAUUAUAAUGAUUUAACAUU